UAGCAACUUCUAUUUCUUCUUCUUGACUGAGAUGGAGCUAAAAGGUUUGGGGUUCGUCCCCCUUCUGUUGGCGUUUUGGUGUGUGGCCUGGCUUGCCACCAGCUACAUCGUGACGGUCGUCCUCGGCCAUGCCGCCUCGCCACUGAUGCACAUCAGUGACGUGGGAAAUUUCUUUCCCGAAAACAUAUUAUUGAGAAUUGGAUUCAUAGGGACGUCCAUUGGCACUUUGGUACUAACCUUUCUUAUUUAUAAGUAUAUGGUUAUGCAUACUGAAGAGUUCAGGGGUCAUCAGGUCCUGAUCCAGAGGAUCCUGCUGGCCAUUGUGUGGGCCUCCUGUUUUGGUACAGCUGUCAUGCAUGUAUUGUCCCCCGAAGAAUAUCCCAGGAUACACUUUGUCAGCACGAUAAUUUCCAUUACAUGUGAAGCCUUAUACUACCUUGGGCAGUCCAUCCAGAUGUAUAAAUUACCAGGAGCAAACAAAGUCAUCCGCCAUAGUAGAUGCACCUGCUGUGGCCUGACUUUUACCUGCGCAAUUUUCUACUUUGGAUAUAAAACAUUACAGGAAUUAUUCUAUGAUGAUGAAGACUGGGACGAGAUCCGUGAAAUCACCACCAUAAUCAUCGAGUGGGUGAUGCUUCUACUGAUCCUGAUAAACACCGUGACCUAUUAUUCCACCAUGCAGAGGUUAAUGUUAACCGUCUCCAGGAACAGCUGCAAACUCUCUCUUAGAGUAAGAAUUGAUGACUUCGGGGUGUAGACCACCACGGGGGCCAUCAAGUGGACUUCUGGGAGAGAUACUGCACAGGACACGGGAAAACCAUAAAAAAAAUAAUAUGAGCUGGUAAUAUUACCUAUACAAAAAAAUAAU